UAAAAAAAAUUAAGCUGCCCGAUCGCUCGCCGAUCCGGAGCCUGCAAUGGCGGCCAGCCAACCGGCGAGCGGAUCGGCCAGCGCCCGAAAAUCAGUGUCAGGUCACCGAUUUUUUCGCCAAAAUGGCGCUCGCCGGUUCCAAUGGUUCGGCGAGCGGAUCGGCCAGCGCCGGGAAUCGGCUAGCCUGUCCGCUUGCCAUCAUUGAGAUGCUCUUAAGAGUGACAACUUGCCUGCAAUAUUUUAAGGUGAUAUUCAACGCUUAAGGCCAUUUGAUUAAAUAUUCAACAUUGAUGAUAUUCAACGCUUAAGGCCAUUUGCUUAAAUAUUCAACAUUGAUAGCUGUCGUUAUUGUUUUUAUUACAUGGCCGGCCAAUAAAAUAUUAAAUUUAGUACUCCUCAAAACUAUGUUAAAACUCCUCCAUUUGAAGCUUCCAUAUCUGUAUAGUAAUAUCAAUCCAUCAUAUUCACCACAAAUUAGUUUUAACAACAUGUCAAUUCUACUUGUUUUCAUCACUUUAUUGUUACCAUGGUUGAUCAAGAAAUAUUUAUUCAAUUUCAGCCACCACGUUAAAAAAAACAAGCCACCGUCUCCUCCAAAGCUCCCGGUGAUCGGAAACCUCCACCAGCUCAGCCCGCUGACCCACCGCGCCCUCCAAACCCUAGGCGCGAAGCACGGCCCGGUCAUGCUCCUCCACUUCGGCAGCAAGCCCGUGGUCGUCAUCCAGUCAGCCGACGCGGCCGCGCAGAUCCUCAAAGAGCACGACCUCGUCUUCUCCGACAAGCCCCACACGAGCUCCACGCGCCGCCUGCUGUACGACCUCAAGGACGUGAUGAUCGCCCCCUACGGCGAGUACUGGCGGAUGCUGAAGAGCAUAUGUGUUCUCCAGCUGCUCAGCAACAAAAGGGUUAAAUCUUACAAGUUUAUCAGAGAGGAAGAGACGGAUCUGUUGUUGGAAAGGAUUGGAUCGUGUUGCUUGUCUGGAUCGGCGGUGGAUUUGAGCCAACUGUUUGAUUUGCACUCGAAUAAUGUGAUCUGCAGAGCUUCCUUUGGGAGGAGGUUUGGGGAAGGGGAAAGCGGGAGGAGGUUUACGAUGGCGCUGAGGGAACUGUUCCGGCUGAUGGUGACCGUGGAGAUCGGGGAGUUUGUUCCGUGGCUUUCGUGGGUAAGUCGGGUUAAUGGUUUUUAUAAAAGAGUUGAUAAGGUGAGGGAAGAGCUUGAUGAGUACUUGGAGAUGGUGGUUGAAGAACACAUCACUAGAGGCAUAGAAAGUGGUGAUGGAAACAAAAGCAAAGAGAAUUUUGUUGAUAUUUUGCUCAAGGAUUCUUCCAUUGAUAGAGAUGGUAUCAAAGGCAUCCUUCUGGACAUGCUUGCGGGUGGAACAGACACAACAUCUUCGACUCUGGAGUGGGCUAUGACAGAACUCAUACGAAACCCUACAGUCAGGACGAAGUUGCAAACAGAAGUACGGGAAAUCGUCCAAGACAGACAUGUCAUAACUGAUGAUGACUUGGGAAAAAUGCAAUAUCUGAAAGCCGUGAUCAAGGAAACCCUACGCCUACGUGCUCCAGUCUCACUACUAGGGCGAGAAACUCGAGAGGACAUAACAGUUAUGGGGUAUAAAAUAUCAGCCAACACAUUGGUUGUCGUCAAUACAUGGGCUAUUGGCAGAGAUCCCGCGUGUUGGGAACAACCAGAGAUGUUCCAUCCAGAGAGGUUCCUAAAUUCUUCGCUAGACUUCAAAGGUCACGAUUUCAAGUUUGCUCCUUUUGGGCAUGGGAGACGAGGCUGCCCAGGGGCCGCGCUGGCAAUAGCAAGCGUUGAGCUCGUGCUAGCGAAUCUUGUGCACAAGUUCGAGUGGAAACUGCCUAUGGGAGCAAAAUGUGAGGAUUUGGACGUGUUGGAACAGCCUGGUGUUAGUCUUCAUAGAAAGAAUCCCCUUCUUGUUGUGCCAACUCAUCGUCAAUAUAACAUGUUGUAAUUAAAAGAUUAUGCACAAGUUUAGAGUUGGAAUAAAUUAUAAGUAUGUGAAGGACCUAUCGUUGGAAUUGUUCAACCUUUUCAUCAUGGAUGUUGCACUUGCACACUAAAUAGGAAUGAAGAUCCUAGUGUGGAUUUUAAGUAGUAAUACUACUCAUUUUUCUCAA